AUGUUGAAAAGGUGGUUCUCAGUGAAAAAGAAAUCGAAGGAAGACUCUAAUUCAUCUCAACAGUCUGGUGUUAGUAAUAAUGUUGACGUUUCGAAUAACCAAAGUCAAACUCCCUAUCAUACACCGAGGAUGUCCCCAGAAUCUAAACCAAUUCCUAAACCUACGCCGAUAAGGACUAAAGAUAGGAAUAUGGUAACAUCUCCAGGACAUUCAAAUAAACUUCAAUCACCAGCUGCUGAGAGACCUCCUCCUGGAGAUACCCAUUCUGGCAAUGAGACUUUACCCAGUCUAUUGAGUACUUCAAUUGAAACUGUAAUGGAUAUGGAUCCACCUAUUCUCUUCACUACGUCUACUGAAAAUAUGCCCUAUGGUGAUGGAUCUAAUAAAGUCUUCGGUUUUGAAAAUUUUGGUAAUACUUGUUAUUGUAACUCUGUUUUACAAUGUCUUUACAAUAUGACAGAAUUUAGAAUUCAAAUGCUACAACAUCCAGAAAGAAAUUCUAAUACAAGGCGUAAACGUAAGGUUGAUAUGCCUGGGAGGAAACCAAGAUUUUUUAAUGAAGCAAGUUUUGAUCAUCGUCCGAACAACAAUAAUAAUAAUGGUGUUAGUGGCAACGCCGUGAAUACAAAGAGAGAUAGUGAAGGUUCAAAUAAUGGACAUCAUAAUCCAGUGACAAACGAACAUACGCAGGCGACAAGUGCUAAUAAUAUUAAGAGUGUGGAGAUUGGUAACAAUCACGAGAGUAAUGAUCAGGAUGAUACAAAUUCUAGUACUGUUAACAGCAAGAGUAGAUCUGCUUCCAGUAAUUAUCAGAAUUCCAAUAAGCCUUACAUCGAAGGUGAUAAACCACCUCCAUCAAAUGGUCAUCAGCCAUCAGCUAAACCCAGUCGUCCCAAUGAAGGUACGAACGGUUCGACUAAAGAUACCAAUGUACCAAAUAUAGUAAUUGCUGGAACUCAACCAGUUCAUGCUACCCUUACUUCUGCAAACUCGUGUAAUGAAAAAAUACAUGAGAAUACCCAGAAAGUUAUUGUGGGGAGGAAUGAUGAUCUCAGUAGCCAUGGCCCUGCAGAACUUCAUCCAACAGCCGCAUCUAACCAUAAAACAGGUGGAUCGGAUAUAGAGAAGCAUUCCACGGUCGAAAGUCAUGAUUUAUCAUCAUCUACAGCGCAUACUGCUAAACUCACUCUACAACGACCACAAUCUCGGCAAUCUCAACAUUCACAGCAUUUGCAGCAACAUCAUAGUUCUCACAACAAUCCUUUAUCCACAGAGCAGAGGAAAAAGGCGGCUCUCAUAAAAGGACCCGUGCUUAAUGUUGAUCAUCUUUUGCACGAAUCCGGAGAAUCCAAUCUUUACACUGGUCUCAAAGACAUCUUUGAGUGUAUUACGGAAAAUCUGGCAUUGACAGGUGUCGUGUCUCCAAUCAAGUUUGUGGAUAUUUUAAAGAAAGAAAAUGUGCUUUUCAAUACUACCAUGCAUCAGGAUGCUCAUGAAUUCCUAAACUUUCUUUUGAACGAGUUAAGCGAUUAUCUGAACAACGGUGCAAAAAGUGGUAAAGAUGACGAAGAACAUAGUCUCAAUUUCAUCAAGGAUAUAUUCCAAGGUACAUUAACCAAUAGAGUGAAAUGUUUUACUUGUGAUAAUAUUACAUCAAGAGACGAGCCAUUUCUAGAUUUUCCUAUCGAAGUACCAGAUGAUUCUGAAACUGACAUCCAGGCACUUCUGCAAAAUUUUGACCAACGUGAAAUGUUAUCUGGUCCCAAUAAAUUCUAUUGUAAUGUGUGUUGUGGGCUGCAAGAAGCGGAAAGAAGCGUUGGUUUGAAACAACUACCACAUACUUUAGCCCUUCAUUUGAAGAGAUUCAAAUAUUCCGAAACGAAGAAUUCUAACAUAAAACUUUUCAACAAAGUUCAUUAUCCUUUGACGCUGGACGUUUGUUCGACUUAUUCCAAUUCUGUUUGCAAAAAGUACGAACUAUCCGGUAUCGUUGUUCAUAUGGGUGGAGGACCGCAGCAUGGUCACUACGUUUCUCUCUGUAAAAAUGACAAUUUUGGCUGGUUAUUAUUUGAUGAUGAAACGGUUGAAUCAGUUAGUGAAAAGACGGUGCUAGAUUUUGUGGGCGACUCGAGUACUUUGACGACGGCGUACGUUUUAUUCUAUAGAGAAUUGCCCUUCUACCUCGAAAAUACUUCAACAGGGUUAGAUAGCAAGAAGCACUACGAUGAAAAUAUUGAGAAAUUGUUAAAAUAUGACGAAUGGUUGAGGGCCAAUUCUUCAAAGACAACAUCCAUGUCCGAGACAAAUCCGGCGGUUGAAGCUACCACUAAGGAACCUCCAAUGGCACCUCCUGCGGUCCCCCACGUAGAACGCGAGGCUUCGACUACUUCAGUUAAAACUGCAAGGCCAAAAUCUAGACUCUUUAACUUUAUGAAAAGUUAG